AUGGCGCCUCCACCUGCUACAGCAGGGUCUGUCCCACCUCCUCUUGCGCCCUCAGUUGAGGAAGCAUAUCGUCGAAAAUGCAUUCAACUGAAACAGCGCAUCAACGAAAUCGAUCAUGACAACGAUGCCGCUCGCCUCCGCGUAGUACGGCUUGAGCGUGGGGUUCAGAAGUUACGCCUCGAGAGGGCGUUCCUUCUCGAGCAGCUCGCAAAGCGAACGAGCACCAAUGUGGAGGACUCUGAGGGGAGCCCAAGUCCACCACCUACUCCCAAAGAGAAACCCCUACGGACAAAGCGAGGGCAUCGAAAGCCAUCAUACUUAACCAAUCUCGGCGAACCCUCUGCAACGAAUGCAUUCAUCCAACAAGGGCCUGUUACACUCUCCCCAUCCUCCGAUGCUUUCUCACACACCCAUCAUGAUUCGAAUCUUGGACGCAAUUCAACACCUCAAGCUCAACCGUCCAACAGGUUGCUGCCUACCAGUAGCAAUGGAGUUGCUGCGAAGAACGCACCAACUUCAACAAGCACUCCUCCUUUCCGCAAACCUAAGAGUGCAUUUGAUCUUUAUUGCCAGGACCUACGUUCUGUCGUCGCAGUUACGAACCGAAAGGGCCUUGCCGAUGGUUCCUAUGACAUCGAGGAGGGUCUUGCUCGUGGAUGGCGCGAUAUGAAUGAGGAACAGAAAAACGAGUUUCAAAGCCGAUUCGACAAAAUGAAGAAAGGCGCCGGGGCUGAAAAGGACACCGUGACCGCUCCUACCGCUCCAAAACAGGCUGUCACCGAUGGGGAAUCUCGUACCGAUAACGCAGCUGGCACUACGAACGAUGCAGACGAGGACGUAGAGAUGGGCGAGGAUGGGGAUGAGCCUCCUGCAGCCCCCGCAGAAGGCGGCUUCACUGCUGUCAAUCGUGGAUAG